AUUAGGACCCAUCAGCGAGCACACAAUGUGUGCCUUGUUUUUGUCCUGAUAAGAAAAGAAGGAUGAUUGUUUUUCUUCUCCUGAGUCUGAGGAAACCAGGGAAACCAAAGAGGACAGAGAGUGGACUCAGGAAGAAGAAGAAACGACACAAGAGAAGUUCUGCUCCUUAAGACCAGCAGCUGAUUUACUAGUUUAAUCACAUUACCCCCAUAUCCCUGUAGAGAGAUAUGAAAUGCAUAAACAUUUCCAAAACAUUCCCCAAGAGGAAGCCAUGGACAGUCUGAGCAUUCGCCGCAGCAGCAUAGCUUCAUAUGACACGUGCCACAUGUAACUCAUUUACCUGUGAAAAGACAGAUCAUCUCUGAAACUGGAGUUUGAACUCAAAUAUGUAAGGAAUCCCUUGGAUGGACUGUCAGUCUGCUGGCAAGUAGCACUGCUGUUGUCACUCCUAAGCAUGGGCACCAUGCCACUGCAUCGUGUGAGUGGAAUAUUAGUAUUCCUCAGUGUCUGUCUGAUUUCCUUUACACUGCCUUGCGAUGGAGGGAACAUCCUGGUGUUCCCUGUAGAUGGCAGCCACUGGGUCAAUAUGAGGAUCCUGCUGGAAGAGCUUCAUGCCAGAGGACACAACCUCACUGUGAUCAGGGCCUCCACCAGCUGGUACAUCGCAGAAAAGUCUCCUCUCUACACGUCCAUUACAAUUGAAAUGGAGGAAGGCUUAGAGAACUUUUUUGAUGUGUACCUGCAGGAGCAUAUGAGGGCACAGAGAGAGGGAGCCUCAGCACUUACUUUCUUCAAACUCACCAAGGAUUUCCUUUCUAUGAUUUCUGAGGCCCAUUCAUUGUGGACUGAGGCCCUGGUUCAAAUCUUUCAUGAUAAAAAUAUGGUCAAAAGCUUAAUGGAUUCCCAAUAUGAUCUUGUUCUCACUGACCCAGCCAUUGCACCAGGUGUUGUACUAGCCAAGUAUCUCAAACUGCCCAUGGUGCUCAAUGUUCGCUGGAUCACCAGCGGAGAGGGCCACUUUGCAAUUGCCCCAUCACCUCUCUCUUACAUCCCAGUGCCAGGAUCAGGCUUAACUGAUAAAAUGAAUUUCAUGCAGAGGAUCAAGAACAUACUUUUCCACAGCAUUAUACUGUUCCAGCAGAAAUUCCUGGUGGGGCCGAGCUAUGAUGCCAUCUGUGAUAAAUAUAUCGAGGGUGGAUGUGACAUCAUCUCGCUUCUUCAAGAGGCAGACAUUUGGCUGUUCAGGUCAGAUUUUGUGUUCGAGUUCCCUCGGCCCACGAUGCCAAAUGUUGUCUACAUAGGAGGUUUCCAGUGCAAACCGGCCCAGCCUCUGCCAGCAGACCUGGAGGAGUUUGUACAGAGUGCUGGGGAGCACGGAGUGAUCAUCAUGACUCUGGGAACUUUGGUUAACGCUUUGCCCAAAGAGGUUGCAGAUGAAAUUGCCAGCGUCUUUGCCAAGAUGCCUCAGAAGGUGAUAUGGAGGCACAUAGGGGAGCGUCCCUCCACCCUGGGCAACAAUACUCUGAUAGUGGACUGGAUGCCACAGAAGGACCUCCUGGGCCACCCACAGAUCAAAGUCUUUGUAGCUCACGGUGGAACCAACGGAGUCCAAGAGGCCAUUUACCACGGGGUCCCUGUGCUUGGCAUACCCUUGUUCUUUGACCAAUAUGACAACCUCCUACGUUUGCAGGAAAGAGGAGCUGCAAAGAUCCUCCAGCUAGGCGACAUUAACGGCCGCAGUUUUGAACAAGGUCUUAACGAAGUGCUCCAUCAGGACAGCUACAGACAGAACAUCCAAAGACUAUCACGUUUGCACAGAGAUCAGCCAAUGACACCAAUGGAUCAGGCCAUCUUCUGGGUGGAAUAUGUCAUGCGCCACAAAGGGGCUCCACACCUGCGUACAGAGGCUUAUAAGAUGCCCUGGUACUCAUACUACUGUGUAGAUGUACUGCUACUGUUGCUGACUGCAGCAACUGUAAUGCUGCUCUCUGUUUUGGCAAUUUUCAGGUUUCUGUGCUGCAGAAGUAGAAGAAAGACCAAAGCCAAACAACACUAACUGAGGUUAAGAAAUAUACAGCUACAAUGGGUUUUCUAAAGCACUGUGUUUAGAUUAAAUAUACAUCUUAAGGUAUCUCAUUUAUUCCUCUUUAUUAUUUAUGAAUCAGUGUCAAUCAGUGAUUUAGACAUAAAAAUAUAAAUAUAGUUAAAGUAACAGUUAAUAGUUAAAUCUCUUUCUUGUUUCAAAAUCAGUUGUCAAAUAUAUCUUGGCAGAUUAAGAUCCUGGUUAUAAUAGUCUCAUCUAGUCAACAUUAUUCUCUAAUUUUACAUUUACUGUAAUAUUAAAAAAACACCAAUCACUGUCUCACUGUUUUAUUUUUUAUUGAUCAUUAUCAUGAGUUUAAGUUGUACCAUCAAUUUCCAAUGUGCCAAACCCCAAAACCAGCUCAGAUGUUUUAUGAAUUCUCUUAAGAUAUUUUGCACCCAUUUCAUUUUUGAUUAUGAUCAAUAAAUUUUGAAUUAAAAAGAAA